AUGGGAUUGGAUCAUCCAGCUUUCACUUUAUCUGGACUUUGCGCGAUUGGUGGCCUCAUGGGCUACUUUCGCAAAGGUUCGGUUCCAUCAUUAGUUGCUGGUUUAGGUGUUUCUACUUUAUACGGAAUCUCAGGGUACUUGUUGAAUCAGAACGCCAAUUAUGGGCUUGAAUUGGCAUUGGGCACUAGUUCGGUAUUACUUGCUGCUGGUUUAUCAAGAGCUACUUCAACUGGUUUCAAGAAACCAAUUCCACUUGCAUUGGUACUUUUGGGUGGGUUGUCAACUGGUUACUAUUUGAAAAAGUAUGAUGAAUUUUAUCCAAUCUUUGGUUAA